GAUUGGCAUCACCUUGUACAAAAAAUGUUUUCAAUUGCAGAAGAGUUCGGAUUACGAAAUUGUUACAAAACGCCGAAAAAGUCAAGUUUGAAGGUUCCCGAAGAGAGUUGUUAUUGUUGAGAUCUAAAAUGUCUCGUUGCGUUUUAACGAGAUGUUACCAUUGUUUUACUAAAUCGAUGCUGCCUAGGAAUGAAUCGAUUGCUGAGAAGUUGUGCAGAAAAGUAAGGACUAGGUCCAUUUUCCACUUACCAGUGUGCAGUGAAGCAAAACUUCAGCCUGUCACCACAUAUGGAAAUUCUAGAGCUCCAGCAAAUUCAGUGCUAUUGGUGCAGCACCGACAGAUGUCUGACAAAACAGAGGAGAAGCCUCCACCACCUUCCUCCUUCUUAAGUAAACUGUUAGACAAUGUAAAGGCAUUCAUGACCAGGUCAGAGAUAGAGACCACCAUGCCAAUACAGCAUUUACAAGUGGGAGGCACACUAUUGGUCUUGGCAAUCUCAGACUAUGUUUCCUAUGAAGAGUUCUUUGAGGUUACCAAUUUAGAAGACAAUUUUUAUUCUUUCUACAAAGUACUAGAACUUCACCUUUGGAUGGUGCUCCAGCGUUUACAGCGAGAUGGUAAUGACGGUAUCGUGGCAGGAAUGGCUCUCGUAAAUGCCAUGUGGAAAGACCUGGAGCCACGUGUCAAGCUGGCAGGGGCCCAGAUGAAACAGAGAAAUGAUGGCUUUCAUUAUCUCCACAAUCAUUUGCAGUCAGCCAUGCUUGUGUAUGAUGAGGCUUUACUAGACGGAUCAGACAUGGAAUUAGCUCACGCUUUGUGGUUAAAUAUUUACGACGGUAAAGAUUGCGACCCUCGGUGUUUAGAGUUCAUGGUGGAUUACACAAGAAAACAGAUGAACUACCUCCACUCCAUCGACAGUAAAGUUCUCCUUGGAGGACAACAAGUUUCCUUUUUACCCAUAGAGCUGGACGAAGAGAUGCAGAGGAAGUCCGAGGAGAGAGAAUACAAGAUUCCUAGAUAUACCAGAAAGCUUGAUUUUAAAGUGUAACAUUUGUCCCCUGUCCUCGCCUCUCUCAGUUUGGCUGUUGUGGGACAGUAGUAACCACAGAGCUGCGGUCCCUGGAUUAAGGAUAGUUGUGAUGACCACAUCCUAAGUUUUGUAAUCCGAGGAGCCACUGGUCAGCAGCUCAGACAGUAUUUACGUGGCUCUCUUUACAGCUGCCAAUUGACGUGUCUUUCACUUGUACAUGGUAUCAAUACAUUGUAAAUUAAAUGCAUGGUUGAUGUUUUAGUCUUCAGGAAUCUUGUUUUAUUAUAAUCAUACGUGUACUUUGAUGUUAUUGAUUAAAAUACCGUUUUCAAUGUAAA